AUGGAGUACAAGGCCAUUGACAGUGUCAAGAAAGUAUGUAUCAGCUACAGAUGCGCUGACAUGGAUAAGGAGAUACCAGCUUUGAUGGGAGUGUUAAAAGAUAUUUUAGAAAACGUCAUAUUUGUGCACCAAGAUGAGUCUACCUGGCCACUGCAAGAUUCUGGUACUUUGAACAAGAAGUUUGAUGAUAUUUUCUCGGCCACCAGUGUAUUAGGAAUCUUGGAGCUUGUGGUGUCAAAGGUGUGUCCAUGA